UUCUUAUGACUUCCCUUUUUCUUUUUUUGCCCCUGUUAACCAUAACAAAAUCUGUCCUUGUGAAGGAGAAGAAAGUGACAUUUUUUUUUUAAUUUAAAUUAACUAAAAGGCCCAGGCUGAAAACUUGAUUAUAGAUUCUGUAUGCUUAAGGGGCCUUAACAGUGUGCUUUCACCCAGGUGGAAUCAGAGUACAAAGAGGAAGAAACCUUUGUUUCAUACUGCCUCGCUAAUCUCAGCAGUAUAUCGUUCAUUAUUCUGCACAGGAUUAAAGACACUGAAAACCCAUAAAAGUUUGACUAAAAAAUAUAAAAAUGCCCAGAAAAAGUAUUGACUAUGGAGGUCUUCCAGAGUAUGAGAAAAGCCAGAUCAAAAGGACCUUGGAGUUGGGAACUGUUAUGACAGUAUUCAGUCUUAAGAAGAGUAGUCCAGAAAGGAGGACUAUUCAGGUCAUAAUGGAAACCAGGCAGGUGGCAUGGAGCAAAACAGCUGACAAGAUUGAAGGUUUCUUGGAUCUGUUGGAAAUAAAAGAAAUUCGCCCAGGAAAGAAUUCAAAGGACUUUGAGCGUUGCAAAGCAAAGCAAAGAGAAGAACACUGCUUUACUAUUUUUUAUGGUACCCAGUUUGUCCUCAACACCUUAAGUUUAGCAGCUGACUCUAAAGAUGAUGCUGAUAAAUGGCUGUGUGGCUUGAAUAUCUUGUAUCAAGAGGUCAUUAGUGCUCCCACACCUGCGAUCACAGAGAGCUGGCUGAGAAAGCAGAUCUAUUCUGUUGAUCAAACUAGAAGGAACAGUAUCAGUCUUAGAGAGCUGAAAACUGUCCUUCCCCAAGUAAACUUCAAAGUGAGCAGCAUGAAGUUCUUGAAGGAUAAAUUUGCGGAAAUAGGUGCUCAUAAGGAAGAGCUUAGUUUUGAACAGUUUCAUUUGUUCUACAAGAAAAUCAUGUUUGAACAACAGAAAUCGAUUCUUGAUGAAUUCAAAAAGGAUUCCUCUGUGUUCAUUCUUGGAAAUACUGACCGUCCAGAUGCCUCAGCAGUUCAUCUCCAUGACUUCCAGAGAUUCCUGCUACGUGAGCAGCAGGAAUCUUGGGCACACGAUCUCAGUAAAGUCCGAGAACGAAUGACAAAGUUUAUUGAUGACACUAUGAGAGAAACUGCUGAACCCUUUCUCUUUGUUGAUGAGUUCCUUACUUACCUUUUUGCAAAAGAAAACAGUAUUUGGGAUGAGAAAUAUGAUUCAAUAGAUGUGCAAGACAUGAAUAAUCCUUUGUCUCACUACUGGAUUUCUUCCUCUCAUAACACGUAUCUGACAGGAGACCAGCUUCGAAGUGAAUCCUCCACAGAAGCUUAUGUCAGGUGCCUUAGAAUGGGCUGUCGAUGUAUUGAGUUGGAUUGCUGGGAUGGUCCUGAUGGAAAACCCAUCAUUUACCAUGGAUGGACACGGACAACAAAGAUCAAAUUUGAUGAUGUAGUACAGGCAAUCAAAGAUCAUGCCUUUGUUGCAUCUGAAUACCCACUCAUUCUGUCAAUUGAAGAGCACUGUAGCGUGGAGCAGCAGCGACACAUGGCCAAAGUGUUCAAGGAAGUAUUUGGGGAUCAGCUUUUAAUGAAGCCUGUUGAAGCCAGUGCAGAUCAGCUACCAUCACCAACCCAGCUGAAAGAAAAAAUCAUCAUCAAGCACAAAAAACUGGGGCCAAAGGGAGAUAUUGACGUGAACUUGGAAGACAAGAAAGAAGAAAAAAACCAGCAAGGAGAACUUUACAUGUGGGACACAAUAGAACAGAAAUGGACUCGGCACUACUGUGCUAUUGCUGAUGAAAAGCUUUCAUUCAGUGAUGAUAUCGAACAGAAUGCUGAUGAAGAUUUAACAAAGGAGGUGAAACGUACUGAACUGCACUUAAAAGAGAAAUGGUUCCAUGGGAAAAUGAAAGAGGGGAGAACAACUGCUGAGAAACUGCUUCAGGAAUAUUGUGCUGAAAUGGGUGGCAAGGAUGGGACAUUCCUAGUUAGGGAAAGUGAAGCUUUCCCUAAUGAUUGCACCUUGUCAUUCUGGAGGUCAGGUAGAGUCCAGCACUGCCGGAUCCGAUCUUCGAGUGAUGGGGACACUGUGAAAUACUACCUGACGGACAACCUCACUUUUGAUAGCAUCUAUGAUCUCAUUCAACACUACAAGGAAGCCCACUUACGAUGUGCUGAAUUUGAGCUGCGCCUGACUGAUGCUGUCCCUAAUCCCAGCCCUCACGAGACUAAAGAUUGGUACUAUAGCAACUUGAGUCGGGGAGAGGCAGAAGACAUGCUGAUGCGAAUUCCUCGAGAUGGAGCCUUUUUAAUUAGAAAGAGAGAUGAACCUGAUUCGUUUGCCAUGACUUUCAGAGCGGAAGGCAAGGUGAAGCACUUCCGAAUUCAGCAAGAAGGUCGUCACUUUGUGCUUGGAACCUCGGCCUAUUUUGAGAGUUUAGUGGAGCUGGUAACGUACUAUGAGAAGCAUCCGCUGUACAGGAAGAUGAAAUUGCGUUACCCGGUAACUGAGGAGCUGCUGGAGCGCUACAGCGUGGAAAAAGAUAUUAACUCCCUUUACGAUGUCAAGAUGUAUGUGGAACCCAGUGAAAUCACCCCUACAGUGCCUCAGAGAACUGUGAAAGCCUUGUAUGACUACACAGCCAAAAGAAGUGAUGAAUUGAGCUUCUCUCGAGGAGCUUUAAUUCAUAAUGUCACAAAGGAAACAGGAGGCUGGUGGAAGGGGGAUUAUGGAGAAAAGGUCCAACAUUAUUUUCCAUCUAAUUAUGUUGAAGACCUGUCAUCUGAAAACUCUGCUGAGCUUGAAAACCAGAUUAUCGAGGACAAUCCAUUAGGCUCUCUAUGUCGCGGCAUACUGGUACUCAAUACUUACAAUGUUGUGAAAAUGCCACAAGGGAAACACAAAAAGCCUUUUGUGUUCAUUCUGGAACCUAAGAAUCCAGAAGAUCCAUGUGUUGAGUUUGCAACUGAUAAAGUAGAAGAACUCUUUGAGUGGUACCAAAGUAUCCGUGAAAUCACUUGGAAAACUACAGAAGAGGAGAACAGGAGGAAAUACUGGGAAAAGAAUCAGUUGAUUGCUAUUGAAUUAUCUGAUCUGGUAAUCUACUGCAAGCCAACAAGCAAAACCAAGGACAACUUAGAAAACCCUGAUUUCAAAGAAAUCCGUUCUUUUGUGGAAACCAAGGCGGAGAGCAUUGUUAAGCAAAAGCCAGCUGAGUUGUUGAAAUACAACCUGAAGGGACUGACACGUGUCUAUCCUAAAGGACAGAGGGUUGACUCAUCCAACUAUGACCCAUUUCGCCUUUGGCUUUGUGGCUCCCAGAUGGUGGCUCUUAACUUCCAAACUCCAGAUAAAUACAUGCAAUUGAACCAUGCCCUGUUUUCACUUAAUGGACGCACUGGCUAUGUUCUGCAGCCAGAAAGCAUGCGAAAUGAAGAAUAUGACCCAAUGCCAAAUGACUCGAAAAGGAAACUGCAGAUGAUUAUGACAGUGAGGGUUUUAGGUGCUCGUCAUCUCCCUAAACCUGGCAGAAGCAUUGCUUGUCCCUUUGUAGAGGUAGAGAUUUGUGGGGCUGAAUAUGAUAACAACAAAUUCAAGACAACAGUUGUGAAUGACAAUGGCCUUAAUCCAGUUUGGGCUCCCUGUCCAGAGCAAGUGAAAUUUGAAAUUUAUGAUCCAAAUCUAGCGUUCCUGCGCUUUGUUGUGUAUGAGGAGGAUAUGUUCAGUGAUCCCAAUUUCUUAGCACAUGCCACUUUUCCCAUCAAAGGAAUCAAGUCAGGUUUUAGAUCAGUUCCUCUCAAGAAUGGCUAUAGUGAAGAUAUAGAGCUGGCCUCACUUCUAGUUCACUGUGAGAUGCAACAAAUUCUGGAAAGUGAAGAAGAGCUUUACUCCUCAUGUCGGCAACUUCGAAAGCGCCAGGAGGAGCUUAAUAACCAGCUGCUCCUUUAUGACACCCAUAUGAAUUCAAGGAAUCCUAACAGAGAUGCUAUAUUGAAAGAAUUCAGUGUGAAUGAGCACAAACUACAGAUAUAUCAAGACACAUGCAACCGCAGAUUAAAGGAGAAGAAAGUCAGUAACAGCAAAUUCUACUCUUAAAGCAGUCAUUCUUUGAUGCGUGCUUUGUGAUGCAAUUCAGGAAGAGAUUUAACUUAUCCUGGUCAUCCUACUUAAUGGCAGUCUCAUCAGACUGAAUGAUUGGAAGAAGAAGAAGAGGCAGAAAGACGGGUUUCCUUAUCAAUUUCUUGUUACAAGAAAAACUGUUUUAAUUCCUAAUAUUCUGUACAAAGCAAACCCUCUGUGCAGGCCAGGCCUUCUGUGUAUUCAAGAUUUAUAAAAUUUGGGGGCACGUAGUUGGAUAGACCUUGCUUCUCAUUAUCAAUACCUGAAGUACAAGUAUAAAUCAUCCACUCUAUUUGUAUACGCAGACUAUAGAUAAGAUGUUCGUAACAAUUUACAUGCAUGGAAUCACACCACUUCAGCAACCUGGCUAUUUAAGAUUAACUGGUAGUCAGUUUUUUUAAUUUAUUAAAUGCUGUAAAAGCACUUCUGCACCAGCAGUGUCAUGUCAUGUGUGUUACUGUGCCUGCGCCAGCAGACAGUACUUCUGAUACUGUAUAAAAUACUUCGGGCAGCUGGUAGCUCAUACUCUGUUGUGUCAUGUUAAAAGUUUUCUGUUACAUUUUUGAGACCUAGAUAAUAUGUAAGUUUGAUUCAAAUGAAAUGUCCUCUGACUGUAGUUGUGUUUUUCCUGUUGAACUCUGUGUGAAGGUUUAAGAAGGCAAUGAUGUGUGAACUUGUGUUCACAGCCUUAAGGCAUUGGAGGGAAAAGUUUUAUGGUAUGCAGUAGGAAAUAUCACUUUGUUUGCGGAAAGGAAAGGUAUUACAAAUUCUGGAAAGCAUUUACUUUGGAAUAGCAUCGUUUGCAAAUCCUUUCAGCUGCUAAUGUGCUUAGAAAUGAAUUUUUUAAUGAACUGUCAAUUUUUAAUCUUGCAAUCCUACUCUAGGUGAUACUGUCAAAUGAUAGUGUUCUGUAAAUGUAGAUAAUUUUCCCAAAAUGUAUCUAAUCCAAGAAUGAUAGUUCUUACAACUUUAAUCAAAUGAAGAACAUGGACCUACAGAUGAGAAAACAUGUUAGAUUAGCUAAGUGUGUUUUCCUGCCAAAGCAGAACUAAUUUCCUUCAGUGACACAUUUAACAUCAGUUACCAUAAUCUGUGUAUGUGUUGAUUCUUUCUGCUAGUACUAUCUUAUUACUGUCAAAUUCCAGCUUGCUUCAGGUGGAGUUUUGCUAUCUAUAUGUUUGACUUUAACUUUUGAAUGUGUGCAGAGGAGUUAAGUUUUUCUAAGUGAUUUCCUGAGGAAUCAAAUGGUGCAUUCACAGUGCUGCAUCUCUGAUCACAGAAAACUUGCAUGGAUUUGUGAUUCAUGACCUGGCGAAGCUGCCUCAGCAAUUUUCAGUUGCUCUUGCUCCCCAUGCUGAAAUGACUUGUGUUGUUCCAAGAGGCACUUAAUUGAUGCCAUUGUGCAUUCGCAGAUGAUGGUUUGAGGAACCCCCUAGAGGUUUUAUAGUAACUCUGUAAAGACAGUCUUGUCUCAAAGAUGAAAGUGCUAUAAUAGUGUAUCCCACAGUGGGUGGCUUCUGUAAUUUUUUUUAUUACGAAGAAAAUAAUUACCAAUCAUCCAACUGAAAAAAAGAGCAAAGUUAAAGGCAUUUUCUGCUUUUCUUUCUCCUGCCUGAAAUGUCUUUAGUGUUCCACUGUGAUUAACCUGUUUUGAGGGUUAGAUGGGUGCAGCCCCCCACCUAAACAAAUUAAAACCCACAUCAACUGUGGGUCUGGGAGGAGAAGCUGUAACCUAGACUGCUUGUCUGCAGAAUCCAGGUGUAAUAUGGGGAUCUAGUUGCUGUUCCUUGAGGUGGGGAUACCUUUCACAUGUGUGCAUUUUGUAGCAUGUUCCAGGAUGUGGUUAGUUUGCUGGAUGAUCAGGCCCUGUGCUAUUUAUUUCGUGCAACGCCCUCCACUAUUCCCAUUUAAUGCUAUGAGAACACUGCACUGUCAGUGUUGAUCAGAAAAGGUCACCCAAAGCCUUGUCUGGUGGGUCCUGAGGUUGUUGCUCCAGGUGGGACAGGAUUUAUAGGCAGCUGAGUCCCAUCUAGGUUUGGACUGAUCACAGAAGACAGGUGAUUACAAGAUGCUAGAGCUUAGGGAGAUCAAACCCUAGAGCUUGGGGCUGUUGCUGUGCGGGGUUUUCCUUUCCUUUUGUGGGGAUUUUUUGUUAAGCUCAGUUCCAGGGCAGACAUAACCAAAUUGUCCACUUGUCCUGGCUUCUUUUGUUGGUAUGCAUAUUCCUGACACAGGACAGCCACUGUGUGAUGAACACAGGAGUUACUUGUGCUGCUGCUGUGCAAAUACUUAAAAAUUAGCACAUUUUAUAGUCCUUUGAAAAGUUCUGUACAUGUUCUUCACCCAUAUGUGAUGUCAAAAGUGGCACUCCCUCAGUAUUUAUGGAAAUGCAUUUUAUUUUACAGUAAGGCUUUCCCCUGGAGGAUGUUACACCAUACUCAGAAGGAAAAUACUGCAUUGACUCUUUUGUUGACUUGCAAGUGAUGUGUAAUAACUCUCCUCUUGCUUCUUGCACUCUGUUUUAACUCCAAACCCUCACCCCUCAAAUCUUAGGCGGGGCAGACUCCGUAGCAACUCUUGCACAGUUGCAACUGUUUUAAUACGAAAGAAGGUCUGAAUGUGUGUGCUAAUUUUAUAAUCUAGCAGGAAAAUCAGUUAUAAAUUUUCUGAAGUAUGUGUUAAACUUUUUUGUUCUUAUAUAGUUUUAAAUCCUUAAAAUAACUUAAUGAAUAGUUUUUGAAUAUUGUUUGUGGAUGAUGCCAGGUGCUUCUUUAUUUAAGCUUUGUGCAUUGAAUUUCAAGAUUUUUGCCAGUCAUUCGAGGCAUUUCUUACUGAAAAGUGGUCUGCUGGCAUAUUCUAGUGGCUGGAGGAAGGGCAUUUGUGUGCUUUUAAUAUGAACUGACUUAUUGAUUGUUUCCAUAGACAUGGUUGCUGUUGCACUUCAUCUGGCUGCAAACAAGCAGGGCAGAAGGAAAAGGUCGAAGAUCAUGUUUAACUUGCAACUCUGAACCGACUUUUUUUCAGUGAUAGGUAGAUAGAAACUUCAGCUGCGGUGAGCAUCAGAUUGAUAUCAGUUCCAACAGUAAAGCCUGAACAAGGCAAAGAUUAAGUUUGUAGUAAUUUCAAGAACAUUAAUUCUGAUGUUCACCAUAAAUAGUCUGCCCCUACACUUUCUGCCCCAGUGUUACAUGGGCAGAAGCGCUGCUGGCUGAAUGCACAUGGUCUUCAUAUUGUGAUUUUUUUACAUUGUUGGCAGUAUUGGAAAAGAAAACAGACCAAUCUUUUGAUAAGAAUCAUACACAUACUGAACAGGAAUCAAUAUGAGGUAUCUGCAGCUGAAGUCGUCUAGGAGGUCAUGUUUGAAUUUGUGAGUAAUGGCAUGAAGUCCACAAAAUUGCUUCAUUCUGGUGUUUUGUUGCCUAUAUUCUCACUUUUUUCCACCCCAAUACAUCUACCUUGUAGAUGGUGAGAUGGCAUUAGGUAUGUACCAAUGAUUGGUUGUCCUUGAAUUCUUCAGACUGGUUGUAAAGAUCUGCAUGCUGCAUGCAAGCUGAAGCACUGCUGUUGAAUUCUGCUGUGGUCAUGCGCUGGCAUUUCCAACUGCAGUCUUCCAAACUGAAAUUCCAUUUAUUGACAUUAGAAAUAGUAGUUUAAUAUAACAAAAAUAAACCUUCAGAAUCAGUUGGGAGCCAACUUUAUAUUCUGAUCCACAACAGCAUUUAUACACAUGCACAGCUAUUAGUUUUAACAGAAGUUGAAGUGCAGUGUCAUUCAUUGCUAACUCUAUGUUCUUAGCUGUUACUCCAGCAAAACAGGGAAUUGUGAGCUUGACUAAAACAGAAGUAGACCCCUUAACAUUUGUGUACUCUUGAAUUGCAGUUUAAUCCCCAGAUCUUUUAUAAUACGUGUAAAUUAUCAGUAUUCAGGACACUUUUCUCUGAAGAUUACAUCAUAAAUAAAUAUGCCACUAUAUUGUUGAAAGUAUGUGGAAAUUGAUAAAUAGGAAUAAAGGGAAAUACUGGUUCGGUCAGUUAGGAGGUGGCACUAUAAAAACUGGUCUACUUUAAGGAUGAUUGACAUUUAAACAUCUAAAAUAAAUAUAUUUAACUAUACA